AAAAAAAAAAAAAAAGAGUCAACUUUGUAAACAUAUAAAAUGACUAAAAGAAAGAAUUCAGUUGAUAUUUCAUCCUCACGUCAUGUAAAGGUUGAAAUUAUUGAAAAGAAGGAUGAAGUCGAAACACCUUAUUUGGCUACAUUUCCUGGUACAAAACCUUCUUCUGACAUGACCUUUACUGCUUACAAACGUCAAGGCGAAAAAAUUAAUUCUAAAAAAUCUGAACAACGCAUUGUCACUGGUGAAACUGAUAAAGUUACUUUCCAUGCAGCUAACUUUGGGCCUGAAGCCGUAAAGAAUGUUCAAUGCAAAUAUAUUGUUGGUGUUUACUCCAAAAAGAAUAAUUCAUUAAGUAUCACCAAUGCACCUGUAAUGAAAAUGUCUCGCUCUGUUAAAGCUUUGAGUUCAGAAAUAGCCACUACGAGUAGAACCGUUCAAUCCCAGGUGGCACGUACUUCUCUUGGUUUAGCUUUCGGUACAGCUAAGGCUAAACAACAAUUGAAGAGUGAAGAACGUAACUUGGUAAAGGGUGAAGAUUUGGCUAACCAGAUGGACAACUUACACACAGAAAUUGGUAAAGCAACAGUCAACAUACCAACAAAGGACGAAAUGAAGAAAGAUAUGGAAACAGCCUUACCAGUACCUAAAUAUAAUAUAAAUGCUGAAUCACCUGAUGAGGUUUAUGAUAUUUCAUCCAUUGUAACUGAUGAAGAACUUCAAUCUUUGAAUUAUAAGGAGCUUUUGAAGGAGACUUCUUUGGAAGGCGUUCAGAAUUUAUUGGCUUACCAAAAUUCCAAAUUUGUCAAUGAUCGUAUCAUGGCUAUUUUGGGUUCUUCUGGAAAGAAGGACCGAAAGAGAGUCCGUACAUUAAUGUAUAUCAGCAUACUUAUGUCCUAUUAUGUCCGUGUACGCUCCAGUGAUUUAAAGAAUCGUAGAAAAGUUGAGGCUGCAUUAAAAUCACCUUCAAGUGUUAUAAUUGAUGGACUUACUGAAAGAUACACUGAAUCAAAUGUUCGUACACCUGUUAUGGCAGAUAAGAUUCUUUUAUAUAUGUUUACUCUUAUUCUUUCUAUUUCUGGAUACAGUGUCUUAAUUGAUCAGAUUGGUAAAGACUUACUAUUGAAACCCACAAAGAUAGUGACGUUGUUCAAAAACCUUGGAUGUAAAGUUGAUAAAGCUAGUGCAGAAGAAUGUCGAGAAUUAAACUCCAAACUUGCAAAGAAGGCAACUUUAGUUGUACCUUUGAAAUUCCCUGAAGUUAGAAAAGGUGUUAGUCGUCGUUAAAUUUACUUUUUAAUUUUAGAAAUAUAAAAUAAUAAUAAUAAAUAAAUAAAUAAAUAAAAAGGUAUAUAAAUAUAUGUGCAUGUAUAUGUGUGUUAUCUUGCCAUGAAAAAUAGGUUU